CAGUCAACGGUAGUACCGAGAAAGGUUGCGAAGCAAGCAGCCGGUUGGAGAGGUCAUCAUCACCGCGUUCACCACAGGACCUCAGACACAGACAGCUGUUCUCCGUCCGUGCCACAACAACAAGUUGUUUUCCAGACCUUUAAAAUAAAUAAACAGGCUAGUCAUGCCAGCGAACUCCUGCUAACAUUUAUGAAGAUGCUCUAUGCGUGGUGUUCUGAGCUAGAAGAUGGCGGAGUCGGAUGGUGGCGAUUGUGCAUCGAAACAUUCCCAGAGCAGUAUGGCUAACAAGAAUAGCACCCUGCGCUGUACUUUCUCAGCCCCGAGCCACAGUACCACACUCCUCCAGGGCUUGUCGGUUUUGCGGGCUCAGGGUCAACUACUUGACGUCGUGCUGGCGGUCAAUGAGGAGCACUUCCAGGUCCAUAAAGCAGUGCUGGCUGCCUGUAGUGAUUACUUCAGAGCUAUGUUUACUGGGGGCAUGAGGGAGUCCAACCAAGAUACCAUUGAGCUGAAGGGCUUGUCUGCCCGAGGACUGAAACAUAUCAUUGACUUUGCCUACAGUUCAGAAGUCACUUUAGACUUGGACUGUAUUCAAGAUGUGCUCGGCGCUGCUGUAUUUCUCCAGAUGGUUCCUGUUGUUGAGCUCUGCGAAGAGUUCCUUAAAUCGGCGAUGAGCGUCGAGACCUGCUUGCACAUUGGGCAGAUGGCCACCACUUUCAGCUUGUCUUCCCUCAAAGAGUCAGUGGAUGCAUUCACCUUUCGCCACUUCCUCCAGAUUGCAGAGGAGGAUGACUUUCUACACAUUCCCAUGGAGCGCCUCAUCUUCUUCCUUCAGAGCAACAAACUAAAGAAUUGUAGUGAAAUUGACCUCUUCCAUGCCGCUAUCAGGUGGCUCCGACAUGAUGAGUCCCGCCGGGCUCAAGCCAGCAGUGUCCUCUGCCACGUGCGCUUCCCGCUCAUGCGCUCCUCAGAGUUGGUGGAUAGCGUUCAGACAGUGGACAUCAUGGUUGAGGACGUGCUGUGUCGUCAGUAUCUCCUUGAGGCCUUCAAUUACCAGAUCCUUCCCUUCCGACAGCAUGAAAUGCAGUGCUCACGGACUCUCCUUCGUUCUGAUGUUAUGUCUCUCAUCACCUUUGGUGGGACACCAUACACUGACAAUGACCGCACAGUGAGCUCCAAGGUGUACUACCUCCCUGAUAUUGCCUCUCGCCAGUUCAAAGAGCUGACUGAGAUGGAAAUUGGGUGCAGCCACGCUUGUGUUGCCGUCCUUGAUAACUUUGUGUAUGUUGUUGGCGGACAGCACUUGCAGUACCGCAGUGGCGAGGGGGCAGUAGACAGCUGUUUUCGCUACGACCCACAUCUGAACCAGUGGCUCCGCAUCCAGUCCAUACAGGAGGCUCGGAUCCAGUUUCAGCUCAACGUACUACAGGGAAAGCUUUACGCCACAGGUGGCCGAAAUCGAUCUGGGAGUCUGUCUUCAGUAGAGUGCUACUGCCCAAAGAAGAAUGAGUGGUCUUCAGUAGAACCAUUAAAACGUAGGAUUUGGGGUCAUGCUGGCACUCCCUGUGGAGAAAAACUGUAUGUCUCAGGCGGUUAUGGUGUCUCAUUAGACGACAAGAAAACUCUUCACUGCUACGACCCAGCAUCAGACCAGUGGGAUUUCAGAGCCCCCAUGAAUGAACCCAGAGUGCUGCAUGCCAUGAUCAGUAUCCGGGAUCGUGUUUAUGCGCUGGGUGGUCGCAUGGAUCAUGUGGAUCGUUGUUUUGAUGUGCUGGCAGUUGAGUAUUACAUUCCAGAAAAUGACCAGUGGACCACUGUCAGUCCUAUGAGAGCAGGGCAGUCUGAGGCAGGCUGCUGCUUACUGAACAGAAAGAUUUAUAUCGUAGGAGGUUACAACUGGCACCUAAAUAAUGUCACGAGCAUCGUUCAGGUUUACAACACAGAGACAGAUGAGUGGGAGAGGGAUUUGCACUUCCCAGAAUCCUUUGCUGGAAUAGCUUGUACACCAAUUAUACUUCCACAAAAUAUUACACAACGCUAAGCAUCUGACCCUUCGACUGUGAAUAUUUUAUUCCAUGUGCUCCUUCCGUGAACUGUUGAGUCCUCUCAAGGUGUGAACAUCUUGUGUGUGUAAUUUUGGGAGAAUGACCUGAAAAGCUACUAAACCAUUUUACUUAUUUCUUAGAUAUGUUGUGAGAAGCAUUUGUUGAUUUAACUUGCUGACACACAAUACUUUUUUACAUGAAAACUCUAUAUUUUUCUUCUGAUUAAAGCUAUGACAGCUGACCAACAUACUGAUACGAUCAAGAGGAAAAGCCUCCAACAACUUGAUGUCCAGAUUAAUUAAUGCUUGCAUAGUUACAAGCAAGUGUACAAAUGUUAUUACGACUGCAUGCAGUCGUGAUAACUUUUGUACACUUGCCUUUUUGGUAAAUGGAUGCUCAUGGGCAAGUUAACUGGAAAUAUGUUUUUAGGGUUUUUAGAGUAGCAUUGCCUUAUUUAUAGCACUUUAUUUUACAAAAAUAUUAACAGUAUGUAAGUGUUUUAAUGGCCAGUCAAGAGCAUAAGUUUAAAAAUGGCACAAACUGAUUUUGAGAAUAGAUCCCACAGACUCCAUGUUUAUCUUCGACAGUUUGAUUGUACAGUUGUGAUUUUAAGUUUUACCUUGUAUGGAAUUUGUUAUUCAAAAAAUGUUUCCUCAAAUUUACUAAUCCACAAGCUGCACAUCAGCAGUCAGCGGUGCACAAAAAAGGUUGCUUUACAGUUCUGAAUCAGUUAUGGUGUUAGGUGUGGUGUUAUUUAAACUAAUAAUGCCUGUAUGUUGAGCUAAUACUACCAAAACUGUUUUCCAAUUCGUUUUCUGAGUUGAUGUAAUAAAGAAGUGCAGACCUCUUAAUGGCAGCUACAUAAAUAAUUGAUUUAUUCUUGCAAUGUUAGUGUGUGGUGUUCUUCAUAGAAAACAAACACUGAUAUUCGCUGUUAACUACGGUAACAUUUAAAUUUGCAGAUCAUUUAAAAAAUUGAACUGUUGUAAUGCUCAUAAAUUUGUAGUGUACUUAGAUAUACUGAAACCCUUUUUUUUUAUAAUUUUUUGCACAUUUUAAAGUCAUGGUUAUCAGAUUUUCAGUUUUAACAUAUAUUUGUGUUGAUCCAAAACUUUUUUUUUUCUUUCGAGUAUGGCCACCGACAUGAGUCCUUUUUAAAACCAUUUCCUGUCUGCCUUAGUGUGUCUUGUUCCACCUGUACCAGUAAAAGCACAUUAUACUGUUGAAGUGCAAUACAAUGAAAACUGCUUACGUUAAAGGGGAAUGUAUACAGAUGUGUCACUUUGUGUUUUCUUUAUUAAAGGUUCAUGAUGUUUUUAAUA